AUGUCGGGCCCUCCGUCGCGCAUCCGGUCCAUCCUCAACCAUCUACUCCCGGGCGCCGCCUCGCCCCCGGCGCACAUUCACCACCUCUCGCCGACUUUUUUUCUGGAGCGCGCCGCGUCCAUUGAGCCCGAUGCCGAGGCCGUCGUCCAUAUAACCGCCAACGGCGUCGGCCUCCGCCGCUCGUACCAGCAGACAGCGGAUCGCGCCCGCGGCCUGGCCUACUACCUCAAGAAGCGCGGCCUGAAGCGCGUCGGCAUCCUCGCCCCCAACACGCCCGCGUUUUUGGAGUCGCUGUAUGGCAUCGUCGCGGCCGGCGGCGUCAUUGUGCCCGUCAACUACCGCCUCAAGCCCGAUGACAUUGCCUAUAUUCUAGAGUUUGCCGAGGUCGACUCCAUCAUUGUGGAUGACGAGUUUGCCGAGCUGCUGAGUAGCUACAGAUCAAAGCACAGCAAAGUGCCUAUUAUUGUGGAUAAUGAUACAGAUGUUGUGAGCGGCCCGCAAGCAGGUCAAUACAACCAAGCUGUCAUAGAGGGCCUUGCCUAUGAUGCCGAACAAGGUAGCAAAGGCUGGUCCGGUCUUCACGCACACGCAGAGAACGAGGAUGACAUGCUCGCCAUCCCCUUCACCUCUGGAACGACGUCCAAACCCAAAGGCGUCGUCUACACCCACCGAGGUGCCUACCUUGCCGCCGUCGCAAACAUCAUCGAGUCUGGUCUCAACCAAGGGCGCUGUAAAUAUCUGUGGACGUUGCCCAUGUUCCACGCCUGUGGAUGGACGUUUCCCUGGUCCAUUGUCGCCGUACGCGGUGUCAACGUGUGCCUGCGCAAGAUUGAUUAUCCCACCAUCUGGCGCCUCCUCAAGGAGGAAGGCGUCACUCACUUUAACGCCGCCCCGACAGUCAACACGUUGCUAGUUGCUGCCAAGGAAGCUUCCAAGCUCCCACAUCCAGUUCAAGUGACCGUCGCUGCCAGUCCACCCACUGGUCACUUAUUUGAGCAAAUGACCAAGCUCAACCUCAUGCCUGUGCACGUGUACGGCAUGACGGAAACAUAUGGUCCCAUCACCAAGUGCUAUACAAUGCCUGAGUGGGAUACUCUCCCGCCCGCGGAAAAAUACGCCAAGAUGGCGCGCCAGGGCCACGGCUUCAUCACCAGCCUGCCGAUCCGCAUCAUCAAGCAGGACCAGCCCGAUGGAGUGCUCAUCGACGUGGCCAAAAACGGCAAGGAGAUUGGCGAGAUUGUCUUUUUCGGCAACAUUUGCGCCAAGGAGUACUACAAGGACGCGGCCGCCACGCGGACGCUGUUUGCUGGGGGCGCGCUGCACUCGGGCGACCUCGCCGUGUGGCACCCCGACGGCAGCGCGCAGAUCCUGGACCGGGCCAAGGACAUCAUCAUCUCGGGCGGCGAGAACAUUUCGUCGGUGGCGCUCGAGAGCAUGCUGGUGCAGCACCCGGACGUGCUCGAGUGCGGCGUCGUGGCGGUGCCGAGCGAGCAAUGGGGCGAGGUACCCAAGGCGUACGUGACAGUCAAGGAGGGAAAGGCUCUGCAGGGCGCGGACCUUAUUGCGUGGGCUCGAGGGAAUAGCGCUAUCAGCCGGUUCAUGGUGCCCAAGGAAGUCGAGGUGGUGCCGGACCUGCCAAAGACGAGCACGGGCAAGAUUAAGAAGAAUGAUUUGCGCGAUUGGGCCAAGAAUGGUCGCAAGUCUGUGUAG